AUGACGAAAGAGACCCCCAGUCAGAUGCUGGCGCUGGCCCGUCAACUCGAGGCUGCAACCAACACCCCCGGCCAGCUUCCCCCCGCCAGCGAUGCGCUACACUCGCGACUACUCGCCGCGACGCGUAAUCUCCUGACCAGCCUGGAAACCCCCGAGAGCCAAUUGAUGCAUCUGGCCAAGGCACCGGUGGCUCACGGGGUGUUACGCGCCGCACUGCGCAUCCGACUGUUCGAGCGCUUCGACGAGGGCCCUCCCACUGCCACGGAUCUGGCGCAACGCUGCGGCAUUGAUGUCGCGCUUCUAGUGCGUCUCAUGCGAACCCUGGCCGCCAUCGGCAUCUUCACCGAACCCAGCCCGGGUGUUUACGCCCAUACUCUACAAUCGCAAACCCUACGCCAGCCCCAACAUCGGGCCGUGAUCCAGGGCAUGGCCGAGACCGCGACGUUGAUGACGGCGCUCCCCGACUUCCUCGAGACCCACAAAUGGCAGAACCCAGUCGAUACACAGCCCACCCUCUUCGGAUUUGCCCACCAAACCGACCAGACCAUGUUCGAGUGGCUGGAGUCGCAGCCCGAGCAGCGCGCCAUCUUCGCCGCCUUCCAAUCCAGCACCGCCGCCCUCGCCGUGUGCCAGCUGCAGCCCUUCCUCCGCACUCUGCUCAGUGCGCCUUCGGAGGAUCCUUCGAAUGAUAAAACCACAGCAGUCACGCUCGUGGACGUGGGCGGCGGCCGCGGCGCCGUGCUCCGCCAGGUCAGCGACGAGCUGGAUCCCCCGCCGCGCGGUCGCAUCGUGCUGCAAGACCUGCCCCAGGUCUUGGAGGGGGUGGACGGCGGCGAGCGCGUCGAGGUGAUGCCCUACAACUUUCUCCAGCCCCAACCCGUUCACGGAGCCCAAACGUACCUCUUCCGUCACAUUUUCCACAAUUGGAGCGAUGGCGUGGUCGCGACCAUUCUGCAGAACACGGUGGCAGCGAUGGGCCCGUCCUCGCGACUGGUCAUUGUCGACCUGGUGCUCCCGGACGGAGGAGGCGCGUCUCCCUACGCGGCCUUUUUGGAUAUGAGCAUGAUGGCAUUUGGGGGUAUGGAGCGCACUGAGGCGCAGUGGCGGGGGAUAUUAGGGCGAGCCGGGCUGCAGGUGCGCCGCAUUGAGCCGCUGGAUGCGCUGACCCCGGGGUCAGACCAGAUCAUUGAGGCGAUGUUGGUUUGA